UGAAGCUUCUGAUUGGCUGAGAGGAGCCAUGUUCAAACUUCCGGGAGGAGAGACUGAUGGAGAAGUGAAGGAGAGAGAGAGAGAGGAGUUCGAGGGAAACAUGGAGGACCUGGGAUUUAAAAUCGUAUUCCCAGAGUCAGCCCUGCCAGGUGAUAAGACGAGCCAGCGUCAGGAACCUGUGGUCAUCCUGCUGGGAUGGGGAGGAUGUAAAGACCGUCUUUUGGCAAAAUAUAGCACCAUCUACCAUAAGCAGGGUUGCUUUGUCAUCCGAUACACAGCUGCAUGGAGGACCGUCUUCAUCUCCGAGUCUUUUGGAGUCAGUACUCUUCGGGAACAAGCAAAGAAACUCCUCGAGCUGCUUUUUGAUUAUAAAUUGGAAAAAUGCCCUGUUAUGUUCCAUGUUUUCAGCAAUGGUGGCUUCAUGCUGUACCGCUAUAUUUUAGAGCUACUUCAUUCUCACCGCCAGCUGAGCAAAUUGCACGUUGUAGGGACUAUCUUUGAUAGUGCCCCAGGCAACCGCAAUGUGUGCGGCUCAGUUAGAGCCCUAAACGUCAUCCUUAAACCCAACACUAAUGUGUUACUGCGAUUCCUGGGGCUUGCCGCUUUCUGCCUUAUGGUAAUUGUGGCGAGGAUUAUCUUGUACCCACUAACCAGACUCCUCCAUGAGAAUCACUAUGAUGCCAUGAAAAAGGACACUUCGCCUUGGCCACAGUUGUAUCUUUACUCAAAAGCAGAUCCCAUCAUCUCUUACCUCGAUGUGGAGAGUAUGAUAGCUUUGCGCAGGUCUAGGCAGCUGCCGACUAAGGCGGUCGACUUUGAGAAAUCUGAGCAUGUUGAGCAUUACCGAAGGUACCCGGAGAGGUACUCUGAGAUCUGCACUUCCUUUUUGAAGGACUGUCUCGCUAAAGCCGGGGGCUCUUCUGUUCAUGAUUGAGCUACCUCUUUGUUAAUUAAUUGAACACUUGUUGAAAACCGUCAGGCCCUUAACCCCCCCCCCCCCCCCCCUCUUCUAAUGGAACUUAAACCCCGGGUCGUGCAAGCAUGACCAGCCACGUUAUUCAGUAAAGAUGGGCUGCAAACAUUAGCCUGCCCCCACACCAAAGUUGGGCAUGUGAUUUGUGUGUUUGUCUUCACAUUAUCUGAUUAUCUGCAUCGUAUUAGAGAGGGUGGACCAAAAGUACUGAGUGUUCCACAGUUUUUAUCAAACUGCUCAAACACAGCGGCAUCUACAGAAUCCACAGUGCUUCUUUAACAUUUAAUACUCUUGCCUUAUCUAAGUUGUGUUGUCAUGAGCUGCUCACCCCUUUAGCAGAUAAAUGGUUAAUGAAUUACCUGACACACACAAACCUGUGAUUUGAUUCUUUGUUUAGUUAUUUUGGAGAAGGGGUGCUGAAAUUCCCGAUCCCCAGCUAUUGAGGAACGACAAAUCCCGUUAUCCUUUUCCAGCAUAAAAUGAAGACUGCAAGUGGCUUGCAUACUUUCACAGGAGUUGUAUUUCACAAAUAGCUGGGAUUUGUAUUUUGAAACGAAGGCUUGAUUGAAACAGGAAAACUGACUAAUAUUUAGUUUAUGUAAGAGGAAUACAUACAGGUACACUUUGUACAGAGCAACAGAAAUCAGGUGUAGGUCAACUACUAACAAUAUCCUAUCAAGAAAAAAUAACACACACUCAGAAAUAUACAGCUGUAACAAAC